CGGAGCCCCCCCAGUGCGCCUGCGCGGCCCGGGCUCGAUCGCUGCUGCCGGGCUCAGGCUGCCCCACGCGCCGCCGGGAUGCUUUUCUAUUCAUUCUUCAAAUCCCUGGUGGGGAAGGACGUGGUGGUGGAGUUAAAAAAUGAUCUGAGUAUCUGUGGGACCCUCCAUUCUGUAGAUCAGUACUUGAACAUCAAGCUGACUGAUAUCAGCGUGACGGAUCCAGAGAAGUACCCCCACAUGCUGUCGGUGAAGAACUGCUUUAUCCGGGGCUCCGUGGUGCGCUACGUGCAGCUGCCGGCGGAUGAGGUGGACACGCAGCUGCUGCAGGACGCCGCGCGCAAGGAGGCGCUGCAGCAGAAGCAGUGACCCCCCCCAUGUCCCCUCCCUCUCCCUGCUGCAGGGGGUGCAGGGCGGAGACCGGCCCCGCCCGGCUGCUUCCCCGCCGGCCGUGAAAUCCCCCCUGCUCGGCAGCUCCUGCCACUACACCAUGGGGAAACUGCUGCUCCCAGACGCUUGGGUUCGUGGCUGCUCCCCCUCCUGGCUGGGAGCAGGAGCUGAGCCGCAGUCCGGGAGCCCGGACGCCUGGGUCCACUCUGCUCCCUCCAUGCUCCGGGAGUAGGAGCCGAGCCCCUAUCCAGGAGCCCGGAUGCCUGGGUUCUUCCUUUCCACCCUGCCCUCCCAGGCCCCGGAGGCCUGAGUUUCUCUCUGCAAGCCCAGGCUUCUGGACUCCUGGGUUCGUCUCCGCUUGUGCUCGGGAGGGAACAGGAAGAGCAGAGGGGAACCCAGGCAUCUGGGGCCCUGCAUGGGGGCUCAGCUUCGACUCAAGAGAAUUGGGCGGUGGCUGUGCCCUUUCUAGGACCCGGACACCUGGGUUCACCUCCCUGCCCCCCAGUAUCCCCAGAUCUAGGACACCUGGGUUCUGUGUGCUCCCCUGAGCUGCUUGUCUCUUGAGAUGAAUAUCGGGGUGGUUCCUAGAUUUGUCGUGUUUCCCCCCUUGGGGAAAACAUUUUGGGGGGGUCCCUUUAGUUCCAGUCUGAAUCUCCCCAGCCCCCUCUAUCACCUCCAUGGCCAGUUAAGCCUCAUUUUUAUUUUUAAACUCUUAAUUUCUCCCUGUUCUUUAAGGGGGGUGUUUAGUCCCCCCACAUCUUUGGGGGGGGCAGGGACUGAGCUUCUGGGGUGCCGUUAACCCCAGCUGGCGAAAUCCUGGAAGAGUUGUUGGGUGUUU